AUGGCAAAUAGAGAGGAAAGCAACUAUUCGACCUCGAGUUGUCAACAGCAAGACUACCUGAGUCAACUGCACCACCGGAGCUACGCAAUCCAACCACAGCAAUAUCAGAGUGGUGAGUGUACACCUCCGUCUGUUUCGCCUAGUUCUCUUCUAGUUCGAAAGCUCCUGCCUGGAAGUGCAUCGUAUCAUUACCAUCACCAUCAUUAUCUUCUUCUCAUCUUCCUCCUUCUCUCGAUACUUCAGCUGACAGUCACCACCACCUCUAUCGGCGGUGCUUCGACAGAGCUUUUACAGUUGCAGGGUCCGCGAAACACCUCAGUAGAGCGUGGAGCCACGGCACGACUUCGGUGCCACCUUCUAGUUGCAGCGAUGACAACAACACCCUCCCAUUCCUCUCAUUCCACCUCCACCUUUCGAUUUAUGCCAUGGAAGGCGUCAGCUAAUCAACGAAUCAGUGUUCAGUGGAAUAUUGAUGGAUUUGGUUUUACCAAUGAGAGUCUUGUGGAAAGCUACGGCGAACGGUACUUCAUGCCUGGACCACUCAAUGAAGGUGAGCAUUCAAGUAGAUGUCUCUUCAAGGUUGACUAG